AUGCUAUUAUCUGCAAAGCGGACGAUCAUUGCGGUAUUCGUUCUAGCAUCAUGUGGGCUGCUUUUUCUUACCCAAAGAAAACGCGAACAUACCGCCUUGACCGUUCCGACUUCUUGGAGUAAUCAGACGAUUGGAGCAUUGAAUGGCACCAAGGCACAUUGGACAACAGAACAGGAGAACGUUCGAUUUGCAUAUGUUCAAUAUGCUACCGAUAUCGACUACCUGUGCAAUGCAAUGAUCAACUUUGCGCGACUUGAUCGUUUCGCAGCAAGCUUCGACCGGGUAUUGAUAUAUCCGAAAGAAUGGGACGAGCCUGGAGGGAUCGAGCACGUAGCACUUGGAAACAUCCACGAACAUUAUUCGCAUCUCGAACUACGACCAGUCAACGUUCUCACCACUUCUCAAGGAGAUUCGACAUGGCAAAAAAGCCUGACGAAGUUUCAGGCCUUCGCUCUCACAGAGUACACCCGUGUCCUGGCUUUCGAUUCGGACUCCCUUGUUCUCAACAAAAUGGACCAUUACUUCCUUUCUCCAAUGGCCCCCGUCGCAGUUCCAAGGGCAUAUUGGCUGAACGACAAGGGAGCAUCAAUCAAGGACCAAAUGCUUGGGUCCCAUGUCAUGCUAAUCGAGCCGAACGUAAAUACUUACAAGCGCAUUAUCGACGAAGCUACAGCUUCCGGGGACUUUGACAUGGAAGUCUUGAAUCAUCUCUUCAAAGACUCAGCCAUGAUCUUGCCCCAUCGACGUUUAGCUUUGCUGACAGGGGAAUUCCGACAAUCGGAUCAUGACCGCUACAUGUCUGAAAAUAAAGAUGAAGAGUGGAAUGCCAUGGCGGAGGUCUCCCGCGCAUAUCUGGUUCACUUUAGUGAUUGGCCGCUUCCAAAGCCGUGGCUUUACCACACGGACGCUGAGUGGGAAGCUGCACUGCCCGCUUGUCCGGAUAAUGAUACUGAGCAUGCUGAUAGGCCAAGAUGUGCGGAUAGAGUUAUGUGGUCUGGAUUUUAUGAAAGCUACUACCGGGACAAGGAGAGUGUCUGUAGCAUAUUGACUUAG